CUUUACACGAGCGAUGGACCGAGAUUUCGAGGCUCCCUGAACGCUUCUCCUGAGCUUCGUCAAAUUGGACCUGGAGGCAAGCGCAUUGCCCCGGAGCCAUUGCCAAACCGGAUUGCAGCAGCAGUGGCACUACCGCGGGACGGGGAAUGUCCUGAGUAUUCCGUUGUCAGCAUUUUGCCGGAUUCUGGUUGUGCCGUUUCCAGGCACUUAUACGGAAACUCUUUGGGAAAUCGAGACUAUUUUGACCACCUUGGAGUGAAGAUCCA